AGUCGGCUCAGUCGGUCGGCGGCGGCGGUGUCGCGUGCACGCAAGUCCUCCCAUCGCUGUUUUUCUGGGCGCGAGCGGCCGGUCGGCGCAGAGCUGACCGGAGGCGACCGGCGAGGCGGCCUAACGGUAGUCGAUGCGUAGAGUGCGCCGGGAGGCACACGGCCGGGCCGGGCAGUGACCGCUGCGUGCCGGCACCGACCGUCCGCUGGCCUCCGCGGCCCGUGCAGGAGUGAAAAGUAGCACAGCGCUCACCUGACCAGUGACCGGCGUCAAAAUACCCAGGAGUGACCGACAUAGUCACUGUCGUGAAAAACCCACACAUGCAAGUCAGCUAGGAAUCAUGCUAAAGAGGCUGCGCGUCUCCAACAGACUCGGUGCUGCGCUGGUGUCGGUGGCCGUGUUCUGCCUGGUGGCGGUGACCCGACCCCGGACGGUGCCGCUGGCCGCCCCCGCCGACACAGACGGCCGGAUCGGCGGCCGGCCCAUCGCCGAGCUGUGGGUGCCCAGCCGGCCGGCGCACGCCUGGUUCACCAGCGCCCAGUGCCGGCCGCUGCUCACCCGCUUCACGUGCGACCAGUGUCUGCCGCUCGUCUACCUGGCGUCGUUCCCCAGGUCAGGGAACACCUGGCUCCGCUACCUGCUGGAGGCCUCUACGGGACUUGUCACUACAGCUGGACUGCCUGACUUUUGGACGUACCGAAAUCAAACCCCAGGCAAAAUUGUCUUGGACCUUGAGCAGCUCUGGGAUGCGACACGGGCAGACAGAGAGCUGAUUUCUUACGGAUACCUUGGGGAGAAGAUUCCGUGGUCUCAAGGUAUCGGUAUCGUUUCCAAGACACACUAUUAUCCUGAGCCAUGGAAUGUAACGGAGGCUGAAGAUGCUCCGCACGGGCUGUCGCCUUUUCCUAGCGACCGCCCACGACGAGCCGUACUGCUCAUACGCGAUCCAUUCAAAUCGAUAAUUUCUCUUCGGAAAUAUGGCGAAACACGAUCAGUUCGUAACGAAAAAGAUAUGACGUAUCUGUAUCGUGGAGAAGAUUGGUUGAAUUAUGCUAUGCACUUACCGCACGUGUGGUUUAAUAUGAAUGCAGAGUGGCUGCAGGCAACCAACGAGACACAUGUGGUGCUGUAUGAGCGUCUGCGGCAGGACCCGAUGGGGGAGCUGCGCGCGCUGCUGCGCUUCCUGCAGGUGGAGCCCGACCGGCGGCGGCUGGAGUGUCUGCGCGGCGAGCUGGAGGGGAUCGCGCACAACCACCGGCACGGCGUGGUGCCCGACGGCGAGACGUACCCGCUGCGGGUGCGGGCCGAGCUCUGGAGCUACAUCCACCAGCUGCACUGGCUCCUCAGAGACAGAGGUUACCCGGGACUGCCCCUGCAACACUACUCGUUUGCAGACGAGUUCGGUGAUAUUAAUAUACGGAUGCGUUGAACAUGACAAUGGUUUCAAAAUGUGUUAAUUGUGCACAACACUGGUUUUUCUGCCGAUCGUUUUCAUGUCUCGCAGCCUCUUCAUUGUUUCAGGUUAUUUUUAACGUUUUUAAACGUGCGACGUACAACGUGCAACGUCACUUACUCACUUGUAUAUCACCAUUCGUAUAGCUUCCUGACAUGUGCAUGGAUCCAAGUGUGGAUCUGUGACCUCAGUGGAUCUCGAAGCUACCAGUAACUCCAUGUUAGGAUCUGUGAUCCCACUGGAUAUAGGGUCUAGAUCUAAGAUUUCAUAUGAUAUGACGAUAAAUCAAGGACAUAGAUCUAUGAUCCGUGUGGAUCCCAUCAUGUACAACCUUUGAAACUAUGUUUUCCAAUCCUACACAAAGCUACCAAAGUCAAGCAUAACUUUUUGUGAGUUGCAACAAGCGGAUGUCUAGGAUUUCUGUGUUGACAAAAAGAAGUGAUGAUAUGUGAUGUCACUCAAAGUCUCAUAGACCUCUGUAUACCGAGGUCUAUGUCAGAUACAGAGGUUUAUGUCGCACUGCUUCUUAAGUAAAAAAUAGACUAUGAUAUGUAUAUGAUCCCAAUGAUUCUCUAAAUAAACUAAAGAGUGGGAUCUAGUUAUAAUCCCAUCAGAUUCGAGAUCAGGAUCCAUGGGAUGAGGUCCCAGAUCCAUUUUCUAGGAUCCAUGCAUAUGUCCGAUAGCUUCAUCGCAGGGUGGGACUCGUUUGGCACGGGUAAGGUCACCCGCCUAGCCUGGUUAAAACUGCAUACUCUGCUAUGACAUAACCUUUGGCCCAAAGGGUAGUGUGUCGGAGGCAGGGAAUACGUAUUUCUGUGGCGAGCUCUCGAGCUUUCUUUCUCGAGCGAGCUUUCUGCAGGCCAACGUCCAGGCUGGACGCUGGCCUGGCGUGCCGGGCAGCUGAAUCAUGGCGGCAAAAACUACUGUAAUAUUCACUGCGCUGUGCGCUCCAGCGUAAAUAUUUAAUGCUGAUUCGUGCAGCUGCUGGAUGUCGGCGUGUGAAAGCCACAACGAAUGUUUUGUUGUGAAGUGACUAGUGUGCGACUCAGGAAGCAAGUUUAUGGGCAGGUCACGAUUAUAACGGCGCUAGCUUGUUCCGACUGCCGACUUCCGGACUCGGGUGGUUUGUGAGGGAACAUUUGUUUUUAGAAUGGUAAUUUUGUUAAUGACUGCUUUGUUAUCCGUUUGUUAUUUCUUUGUGAGCUGAGUGUAGGCAUAUCAGUCAACUAAGAAUUGUGAAAAGGGCAUUGUGAAGACCAUUUUCAGUUUUUUUUUUCUGAAAUGGAAGUUACAUACCUAUACUGUUUAGUGUAAGCAUUAGGUACUUACCCUACUGUCUAACCAAACGCAUUAACAGUCAAAUACAUCUCAACGCGCAGACCGGAAGAGGAA